ACGAAGGGAUCAUACUCUGAAUCAGAAGGAAUGCAAUGUAAUGGAGCUUUAACAGAGGAUGAUGCACAAGGCUCUUUAUCUUCCCGAGCACAGAGCACUGCCUGCCCUGCUGCCAUCCAGACACCGCACAGUUUGUGACGCUCCGGCUGCCGACAGCCAGGCAAGACUCCAGUCCAGCUCACACACAAAUCUGCACCAGGUUUGAAAAAUCACUCAGACCUGCUGAAGUAAAACCUUAACAAGAACAACUGCCUUCCAAAUCAAAGUCUGCAGGGAGCAGGCUGCUGAGGGCCACUGGAAAUGAUGGGCUGUGGUGGGCUCGGUACUGCUGAUAUCACCUUAAUGCUGGAGAUAAGGAGAAAGCCGUGAGGAUCAGCACCAGAAGAGACAACUUGUCAGAGGAUGUCCCAUCAGGAUGAAUAUGGCUCAUUCAAGAAUUAACUCUCUAUUCAUCUUCUACCUCAGUUUUUUGCUGCUCCUCCACUUAAAAAAUUCACUUUCCAUGAGAAAUGAUUCCAGGUGCCUGUCAAACUCCUGCCAAAAGAACUCUACAUGCAUUACUGAUCAUAAAGACGAUAUUUGCCGUUGUAUGGACACGUCACUCGGCACUACAGAAGAACUCUGCAAUAAAACCUCUGAUCCUUGCUCCUCAAACCCUUGUCUUCAAAAUGCUACCUGUUUAAGUUCUGCUGGAAACCUCAGUUUCACUUGCGAGUGCCCAGAUGGGUACAAUGGGACCACUUGUGAAAUAGCCAUCAGUAAGUGUGACACAAACCCCUGUGAGCACGGAGGCACGUGCCUUGAUGGCCUGGCCAAGCCCACCUGCCUGUGUCGCACAGGAUUCACAGGUACACGCUGCGAAAUGGAUGUUGAUGAGUGCAGCUCAGGACCAUGCCACAACGGAGCAGUGUGCAGGGAUGGGAUUGAUGAAUAUUCCUGCUACUGUGUCCCAGGCUACCAAGGCAAGCACUGCGACCUGGAGGUGAAUGAAUGCAUGUCAGACCCGUGCCUGAAUGGGGCAACGUGCCUCAACCUUAUAGGAAGGUAUUACUGCAUCUGUCCCCUUGGGUACACAGGCGUCAACUGCGAGCUGGAUGUGGACGAGUGCCAGUCCCGGCCGUGCCAGAACGGCGCCACCUGCCGCGACGCUCCGGCCGCCUUCUCCUGCUUGUGUCCGCCCGGCUUCCGCGGCGCCCUCUGCCAGACGGACGUGGACGAGUGCGCCAGCAGCCCCUGCCUGCACGGAGCGCAAUGCACCGACCGGCCCGGGGGGUACAGCUGCAACUGCACCGGCACUGGGUUCAUGGGCCUGCACUGUGACACCGCUGUACCCCCGUGCUGGUCACAUCCAUGCUACAACAACGCCACAUGUGAGGACAGUGCUGAUGGAUACAUCUGUCACUGCUGGCCAGGCUACACCGGCUCCCACUGCGAGACCGACAUCAGCGAGUGCAGCAGCGCGCCGUGCGCCGCGGGCCGCUGCCUGGAGCGCUCCUGGGCCACCCGCUACGGCCACGAACCUGCGCUGCAGCCGCCCUUCCGACACGACAGCGCCGAGGGCUACGUGUGCGACUGCCCGCCGGGCAUCCGCGGUAUUCACUGUGAUGAAGACAUCAAUGAAUGUCACAUGAACCCUUGCCAAAAUGGUGGCAUCUGUGAGAACUUUCCUGGGAAUUACACUUGCCAUUGCCCACCUGCAGACAAAGAAGGGAUUUUUUAUGGCGGCUGGAACUGCACAGAAAUCCUCCAUGGCUGUAAUGAUCAACAAUGCCAAAAUAAUGGAAUAUGCAUCCCACAUUUAAAAAAUGGCCAUCACGGAUUCAGCUGCAUAUGCUCACCUGGAUAUACUGGAAUACACUGUGAAACUAUAACUACAUUUUCUUUUCAAGGAAAUGGUUUCCUUUGGUUGAAGAAUCCCACAACCACUAAAGAGGAAUCUUCCUAUAAUAUAAACCUGAGGUUUCAGACUGUGCAACCGACAGCCUUUCUGUUUUACCGAGGGGAGAAAGACACAUUUGUGAAGCUGGAGUUACUGAAUGGCUACUUACAUUUGUCCGUGCAAGUCAAAAACCAGCCACGGGCUCUUUUGCAUAUUUCACAUAAUGUCAGUGAUGGAGAAUGGCAUUCAGUGGAGGUAACCUUGGCAAGAGCUGUUACUCUUAAUUUACUUGACAGCUCUUGUGCAGAAUCAUGUGUCAAUAAAACUUCUGCUAUGAUAGAUAAUGAUCACGUGAGGCUUGCAUUUCAGAGCACAUUUUUGGGCAGCUUACCAGUGGGGAACAUUAGCAGCAGCUCUCAGCUUAACACCAGUAAUAUACAUUCUACACCUUCAUUUGUAGGCUGUCUUCAGGAUAUUGAAAUAGACUUGAAUGUUAUUACUCCAGAGAAUGCAUCACCUGAAUCCUCUUUAAACGUCGAGACAGGAUGCAGGAAGAAGGACUGGUGUGAGAACCACCCCUGCCAGAACAGGGGCCGCUGCUCCAACCUGUGGCUGAGUUACCACUGUGACUGCUACCGGCCGUACGCGGGGCCAAGCUGCACAGCAGAGUAUAUUCCAGGUCGAUUUGGAUCUGAGGACUCCUCAGGCUAUGCUGCUUUUUCUGUUGAUGCUACUGAGAAUGAAAAUCUGAAUAUAUCAAUGUUUGUCCGAACACGCAAAUCUUCUGGCUUGAUACUGGCUUUGAGAAACAGUACCUGUCUCUAUGUAAGAGUCUACUUGGAAGGUGGGAAACUCGCAAUGUUAGCUCCAAAUUCCAGAAAGUUAUUAGGGAGACAUCCUAUAAAUGAUGGAAAUUUCUACCUAAUAACAUUAAAAACAGAACCAAAUAUGUUGGAAUUAUUCCAGUCCUCUCAAUACUUGGGCUUUAUUUCUACUCCAGUACUAACUACCCAAAGUAAGGACUUUCUUUACAUCGGAGGCCUACCAGACAACAGAGAAACUGAUAAAAAUGGCGGGUAUUUCAAAGGCUGCAUCCAGGAUGUAAGAGUGAAUAACCAGCCACUGGAAUUCUUCCCCCUCACUGGUUCACUGAAUUCUUUUACUAACCGAACCCUGGUCAAUGUCACACAAGGCUGCAGUGGUGACAACCUCUGCAAGUCCAGUCCUUGCCACAAUGGUGGUAUAUGCUAUUCAAUCUGGGAUGACUUCACUUGCUCAUGCCCCCCUAACACAGCAGGGAAAGCUUGCGAGGAAGUGAAAUGGUGUGAGCUUGGGCCCUGUCCUCAUGAAGCACAAUGCAAGCUGGUGCACCAAGGAUUUGAAUGUCUCGUUAACGCAUUGUUUAGUGGCCGAAGCAGUGCUAUAUUUUACAGAAGCAAUGGGAAAAUCAGCAGAGACCUCACCAAUAUCGUGUUUGGCUUUCGAACUAGGGACACAAAUGUGAUACUGCUGUAUGCGGAGAAGGAGCCUGAGUUUGUUAUCAUCAGUAUUCACAACUCCAAACUGGUCUUCCAACUGCAAAGUGGCAACAACUUUUACAUGUUGACCCUCACUAGCUCUCUGACCGUGAGUGAUGGGAAGUGGCACCAAGUGAUGGUGUCCAUGGUGGAGCCCCUGUCUCACUUCUCAAGGUGGCAUAUGAAUAUCGAUAACAAGGACACUGUAACCAGUACAACCACUACAGGAAGUCUCAACUUUCUACGAGAAGAGACAGACAUCCAUGUGGCUGACAAGGCUUUUGACAGUUUGGAUGGCCUGCGAGGAUGCAUGAGCACCAUAGAAAUCAGUGGCAUUUAUCUCUCCUACUUUGAAGAUGCUGACAUCCUGACUAAAAAACCUCAAGAGGAACAAUUUCUCAAAAUAUCUGCAAACCCUGUUCUUACAGGCUGCUUGCAGGAGGAUGCCUGCAGCUCAGAGCCCUGUAUGCACCAGGGGACAUGUGAAGACUUGUACACCUCCUAUCGCUGCGUUUGUCCCCCAGGGUGGGUGGGCACCCACUGCGAGACCGACAUUGACGAGUGCUUCUCCAACCCCUGCAUUCAUGGAAACUGCACAGAUGGGAUCAGCUCUUAUGAGUGUGUUUGUGAACCUGGCUACAUGGGGUUAAACUGUGAAGAGGACAUAGACUACUGCCGUGGCCACCAGUGUGCAAAUGGGGCCACCUGCAUAGAUGGGAUUCAUGGAUAUUCUUGCCUGUGUGCUGGUAACUUUACUGGAAAGCUUUGCAGAUAUCGAAGAUUACCUUAUACGGUUUGUGGGAAUGAAGACAGAAAUCUCACCUGUUAUAAUUACGGCAACUGUACUGAUCUUGGAGGCAAGCUGGCCUGUGCGUGCCUGCCAGGAUUUGCUGGAGAACGGUGUGAAAAGGACAUUGAUGAAUGCAGCUCUGAUCCAUGCCUGAAUGGAGGCCUCUGCCAGAACCUGCUCAACAAAUUCCACUGCCUCUGUGAUGUGAACUACGCUGGGGACCGCUGUGAGAUCGAUUUGACAACUGACUUGAUCUCGAACGUAUUCACCUCCCUUGGCUCAGUAACGCUGGCUUUAUUGAUCCUCUUCUUGGCAGUUGUGGUUUCAGUCAUUGCUGCCAAUAAACGGUCAACCCAAGGGACCUACAGCCCCAGCCGGCAGGAGAAAGACGGCGCCCGUGUUGAGAUGUGGAGCUUUGUGCAGCCACCGCCAAUAGAGAGACUCAUUUAAGGGAAGGCUCUCCUCCAUCCUGGAAGAUGAAUGGAUGUGGACAAGGUACACACGUUAGAUACGUUCAUUCACAUUCUGCUGCUGGAAGCACCUGUUGUAAAGAUUACAACGUCAAAUAAUUUCCUCUCAAGUUCAAUAACAUUUAAAUUUUUCUAGCUUUUAAGUGAACCAAUGCCAUUUAUCACUAUUCUGGGACAGUUUGUCCAAGGACAAUUUUUAUUUGCACUGGAAACUUCAGCCUUGGUAAUCUGCAGUAGGCAUUACAGACAGUAAUGGCUUCUGCGAUACUUGUAAGUGCCUGUCUCAGACUCAACACGAGGAACUGCUUCUUAUUUGAGUUUUCCCUUGCGCUGCAGAAGACAAUGCAGAUCCUAAUCAAUAAAGACAUAAUUUUGUUAUCAAAGGGUUUAUCACUAGAACUGUUUCACCAUAUUCAUCUGUUAAUCAGGGAUUAAAAGGAAGCUUGCAGAAACUCUCCAAAAUAAAUGUUUCAUGUUUAGUAGGUGUUCUUUCCUUCAAUUCUUUCAUUUUCCCCGCUGCCACUCUACUUUCUGCUGAAAAGAAUUUCACUUAACCUCUUUGGCAAACCCACGUUUCUCUGAGUAUGAAGGGUAUGUCCUAAAAUACCCAGCAGACAGAACCUGACCUUACAGAAGACAUAAAACAAAAACAUCCUAAACAAAUUCUGCAAGUCUAUAUAUUCUCUCAUUAUGAUAUAACUUGAUGCUUCAUUUUAUAAAGUAAUUGCAUCUCACUUUGCCAACAUUCUUUGGCUGCCAAAAAGGCAAGUGUGCUCAGAAAUGCUUUCCAAAGCUCACAGAAAAUACAAGCAGCAGCUUACAGGUAACACACUGACUUAAAAAUGAUGAAAGAAUGACAGCUCUGUAAACAGCGCUGGUGAUUCUCGUGGAGUUCAGACUUUCAUGUUAAUGAGGGAAAAUAAAUGUUUGUGCCUGAAUGUUCCUCUUUUGAAACAGCAAUAAUACCACCAUAAUCCUUGGUAGCAAAAUGAUUGCAACUGUUUGCUGAAAAAGAAACAAAUAUGUAAAAAGGAGUGGAAUGACUGCAAAUGUUUGGAAAAUAUAUUGUAAUGAGAGAGAACUGCAAAUCUUCCAGAGCAGUUAAUGGUUAGUGGCAGAGAGAAAAGAAUGUUCCAAAAAUACACUCAGGUUAAGGUUUUCUUGAACUGUAGUGGCAGAUAGCAGUAACUCAUCCAGCUAACUUACAUAUAUAGUGAAAAAAUUAAAGCAAUAAGACAUGGCUCCCACACCAACUGAGCCAACAGUAGAGAGGCAACAGAGCGGAAACUUCUUUAUGGCAUUUUGUUUUUCCUGCAGCUCAGCUUAUCUGUUCCUGCCAUUAUGAAACAUCCCAGAUGCAUGCAUCAAACCUUCAGUAGUUGUUCCAGGAGUUGCAUAACAGUUCACACACACUCAGAAUCCAAGGGUUUAAGUGAUCAUUUUAACUAAUGAUCAACUCAUAAUUCAUUUUUGAAUUAACCUCUUUGGGGGCUACAGAAUAUCGAUGUCAAUCACAUUUAUUUCCUUAUUAGCUGAUUAUCAGUGACUGAUAGUAAGCACAUUCUGGUUGCUUUCUCAGUCUUAACAGAUAUCUUUCAAAACAGAACAGGGCACUAUAGUAAAUAAGAGUGAAUGGAGGGAUUCAAAUUGAGUUAAAAGAGCAGCACGCUAAGGGUGGAAUGGCAUCACAACACGAAUGCACAACAAAUGUUACUCAAGCCCAGUUUACAGCUUUACCACUGAAGCUUAUGAUUUUGAAUGCAGUUGCUGCUGUACAACCACAGUUUAAAUCCAGAGUGCAAAUGGCAACCAAGGAAAGAAAAAAAAGAAGUUAACAAAAAUAUGAUGCUAAAAGGGAGAGAUUCAAGGAAGUUCUUUUGAAAUAUGGCAUUACAUAACAAUGGCUGUAAAGCUUUUAGUCAAAACUCAUUUAGCUCAGCAUUUCCCCACUACUAAGGAAUAAUAGGGAAUGCUAUGAAGUUUGUUCAGCACUAUCAUUAAUUGAAAUGGAUAUAUACAUGAAAAAAAGAAGAGCUUGACUCUAAUACAAGCUACACAGCAAGAAAGACAGCAAAGAACUGUGUAUGAGGAUGGGAUACAAGGGAUACAAAGUCAAAGCAACUUUCAAGAUGGCAAAGAUGCACCAUAAGCUGUGAGAACAAGAGAGUGAACAAGGAUAGAAGACUGAAGGCUGGGAAAGGUCUGAAGAGAGAGCUUGGAAAGUGAGGGGGAAUCUAGAAGCAGGAAUUGGGAGCAAAGAGCAGCAGUGGCUUUGGAACAGAAAGGCAGAUGCAGGGCAUGUGCUUCCACAUUUCUGCUUUAUAUUCCUGAAUUUCUGCUCAGUGAUAAUAGCUGUAUGGGCUAAAAGGAGGGGGAAAAAAUGAUAAAGAUUUUCAAGUGAAUAGAAGAGGUGGGAAAAGAAAAUAGAACUGAAAGCAGUAGAAGCAUGUAAUAAAGACCUAACUUUGAAAUCAACCCUGCUUUGAGCAGGAGGUUGGAGUAGAUGACCUCAGAAGGCUUCUUCCAGCCUAAAUUGUUAUAUGAUUCAAAGAAAAAGGACAACAGAGAGAAAGCAGCUGAAGAUGGAGGUCAGUCUGCAUGGAGAGCUAACGGGAAGGAAAACGUUCUUGUUCACAGUGAAAGACACAGCAAGGAGGAGGAAGUGGCUGGAAGCUCAUUCUGCACUGCUCAGUGGAUUGACUUUCUGGAUGAAAUCUUGGAAACACUGGGAAAACAAUCUGUAAUAACACACUGAGGAAAGUGUUGUCACACAGAGAAUCUCCAGGGCUGAGAAAGAUACACAGCCAGGAGUACAGAGAGAGGAAGAGAAAGAAGAUGAAAGCCUGAAGAGUUUUCAAGAAGACGAAAGAGAGCUCUGGAGGAAUACACUACAAAAGAAUUAAAUAGACACCCAUAAAAGCAUAAAGAAAUGGAAAACUCUCACUGUGGAACCCGAAUGUGGUUUGUAGAAGGAAAAUAAAGAAGAGAGAAAGCAAGAGGAAAAACCCUUAAACUAGAAUUAGAAUAAGUCAGGUGUGACUGACAUCUGUCUCGGUGGAGGGGAAAUGGUGAAAAUAGGAGUGUUGAAAAUUCUUGCAAAAGUAAGAGGAAAAAUGGCACUGAAAGCCAAUGACACUCAAGAAAAGUGAAGGCAAAAACUGGAUCACAGACUUUCCAGUGCAGCAAGGGUAAAGCUGGGCAUUGUUAACAGUGAGGUCAUGGAAAAGGGACAGAAAGGUUGGUGGUGAGUCAGGAAAUGAGGUCUACCCAAGUGAGGCAGAUCUGUGUAGGAUGACUUGAAGCAACUUUUAUUGAAAGUAAAGAUUAAAAUGUGAACAUAUUAUUGUUAUUUAUGGACAUAUAAGAAACAAAAAAGAAAAAGCCCCAAGGGAACAAAUUCUGUUUUAAACGUACUUUCUGAUAAGCUGAAUUAAAGAGCAGCACCCUAAAAAGGGCAGGGAGUCAGACUCUGCAGUUGGAAAAGCUUCACAGCACCUGGAGAAGCACAAAAAAGUUCCCAAAGUUGUGGCUACUUAGCAAGCUGUAGUGACCACAGUGAAGAAGCCUGACCCUUUUGGGCCAUAUCUCAGCCAAGAAACAACAGUUAAAGCAAAGGGGAAUACAUCAUAGAGAGCAUCUAAUACCAUCUUUGCUGAAAUUUCAACCAAGGAUUAAGCAGGUGCUGAGCUAUUUCCUGCUUCUCAGCCUGGGUCUAUUAUAGAAUACAUAGUGAAGCACACAAGGAGGAGGAAUAACAUAUAAGAGUCAUGGAGAGCACCUGCAACUCCAUACAGAACACCUAAAGAAUUCUGAAAAUGCAUUUUCUAACUAUCUCUCUUUGACUCAAAAGGCACAAGUAAAAGAAUUUGUAAUCACUUGCAGCCUAUCCAUGCAGGAAACAAAUGCACAAUAUGGCCCCAAACCUCACACAUUUGAAUUUUCUCUUUAUGUCUACCAGUCUUUUGCAAAGAAAAAGGUGCUAAAUUAAAGCAUGUGACCUGCUCUGUGCCAUAUCCCUCUGAAGGUGCACAGAAGCAUGGGGAGAAUUAAGUAAUUGAUUCCUCCCUUUUCACAGUCCCUCCUGUUUUCUCUUGGAAAGAGGUGACACCCAGCCUGCAAAGUUGCAAGGAGAGCCUUUGGACAGUUAGAGGAAAGUUUGGGUUAGAAAGAAUAAAAACACUGUGUCUGCAAUUUGGCCAGCUCCAAAUGAUUGUUGUGUACUAUUGUGUUAUGUGCCUUCUCCAUCUUAUGUAAAAUUAACUGUUCCUUCUCUGUGUGUACAUUGUAUAUUCACAGCCUAGAUGGUGUAUGUUACUAUGUUCUGUGUACAGUAUAAAAAUGACCAAUAAAUGAGAAUUAUAUUGA